CCCUCCAUAGAGUGGAUGUACUAUGUAAGGUUUGCAUUACACCAGCACUGAUACGUCGGCUAUAACGCUGCAUUACUCGGGGCAUUACACACAGAUUUGCUCCCCGACCCGGCAGACAGUAGCAGGCUUUCUCAGUCUGGGCGCUGAUGGGUGGUCAGCUGAUAACAGGUCAUGUGACAGAGAGGCUCGGAGAUCAUGUGACAUGGCUCACACGCCGUUGUAUCUGCUGCUGUUGUGGGUCUUCGGGCUUUCCAGUUUCUGCGAUGGUCUCAGACACUGGAGGCUGUAUACCGAGCCCCGGACCCCCGGGGUGGGCGUGCAGGAGCGCUGGUUUCUGCAACGGCUGGAUCACUUCACCGGGGCUGACACCAGGGUGUGGAAGCAGCGGUAUUUUAUAAAUGACACCUUCACACAGAGCAGCGGCCCUGUGUUCCUGAUGAUCGGAGGGGAAGGUGCUGCCAAUCCGGGUUGGAUGACAGCUGGUACAUGGAUAACAUAUGCUGAAAAGAUGGGGGCCCUUUGUCUACUACUGGAACAUAGGUUUUAUGGCAAAAGUCACCCAACCAAGGAUAUGAACUUGGAAAAUCUACAGUACCUGAGCAGCCAGCAAGCCCUGGCGGACCUUGCCCACUUCCAGACUGUGAUGACUGAGAAACUGGAGCUAGGUACCAGGAAGUGGAUUGUGUUUGGAGGAUCUUAUCCUGGAUGUCUUGCAGCAUGGUACAGAAUAAAGUAUCCUCACCUGGCCUAUGCAGCCGUAGCCAGCAGUGCACCUGUUAAAGCUGUAGUCAAUUUUCCAGAAUACCUAGAAGUUGUGCAGGCCUCUUUGGCUAAGAAUCACUCGGAUUGCCCCAGGACUAUUAAAUUGGCUUCAGACACCUUGCUAGAAUUGCUAGUUUAUACAGAGAAUUAUGAGAAAAUUACAAAAGAUUUCAAUUUGUGUAAGCCUUUGAAUAUAAGCUCAGAAAUGGACUUUGCCUUCUUCCUUGACACAAUUGCUGAAUAUGUCAUGGAUAUUGUUCAGUAUAACAAUGAUAACCGAGAAUUUGAGGGUGUGAAGGGCACCAACAUCACCAUCCAGGUUGUAUGCGACGUUAUGGCCACUGAAUCACUGGGCUCCCCAUAUGAGAGAUAUGCUGAAGUUAUUCACAUCAUUAUGAAAGCUAAAACGGAAAAGUGCAUUGAUGUAAGGUACCAGAAAUAUGUUCAAGAUAUGAGUGACAGCAGCUGGGAAGGGCCAUCUUCAACUGGAGGUCGGCAGUGGCUGUACCAGACAUGCACAGAAUUUGGAUAUUUUCAAUCUACAGAUUCCCAUGCUCAGCCAUUCUCAGGUUUCCCUUUAAGGUACCAUGUCCAGCAAUGUACAGAUAUCUAUGGUGCCGAGUUUAAUUUAGCAAUGGUUACUGGUGCAGUUCAGCAAACAAAUGAAAAUUAUGGAGGUCUGAAAGUCCAAGCCAGCCGAAUCAUUUUUCCAAAUGGCUUGAUUGAUCCAUGGCAUGCUCUGGGCAUUACCACAAACAUUAGCAGUGAUCUUUUGGCCUUUCCAAUGGAGGAUGCUGCUCAUUGUGCAGAUAUGUAUCCAGCCCGCCCUGAAGAGCCUCCAGUGUUACCUCAAGUAAGAAGGCAGAUAUUUGAGCAGCUUACAAAAUGGCUGCAAUUGUAAGCAAGCUGAAAACAAUCUGAAUGUCGAGUUUAAAGAUUAUCAUAUCAUGCAUGUGUAAUCGGAUUUUGUCAAUAAAGUAUGUGAUGAUAAAAAAAUUACGGUUAUGGAAAAUCUGGAACAUUCUGUAGAUGCUGCAGAUUGCAGUGAGAAUGUGGCUGUAUUGUGUGUUUUGAUUAAGCUUCUCUUAUUUUAUCCCGUCUGAAAUUUUGUUUGAUUAAGAUAAAAAUAAAUUUGUAGAUUUUUUGCAAGAA